AAUAAAAUGGCAGAGUGUGUUGUCACCGUGAACAGACUGAGAAUUGAUGGACACAGACUUCUGAACCUGUCUGACAGUGACAUGAACAAGUUUAAUCUCAUCCACCAACCUUGUCUCUACUUGUGUACACAGCUGGAUGUGUGUGUUGUCAGCCUGGCUGCACCUGCACAUUUGCCAGUAUGUUGUUCCUCUUUAUAAAUCCCCGUGUGUGUCUUUGCGUGUGUUUCAAAAACACGUGUCUGUUAAUAUUAGUGAUUAAGUGAAAUAGGUCAGUAAAGCUAAAACUUUAUAUUUGUGACAUGUUUAUACCGACUUUGAUCUAAAGAAAUAAACAGUUAAUCAAAAAUAACAAUUUUUUAGUUAACUUAGACUUACCAAUUAAAAGUGAAACUAUGUAGGUGAAGUCCAUGUCAUGUGUUAUCGGGGACAAAUAUUAUUAUUAGUUUUUACCUAUAAAUUUAAAAAAUGUUAUUUUAGGUUUGAUUAACUUUUAAGGCCUAACAUUGAACAUGCAGGGGAAUGAAAUAUGAUUUAUAUACCAAAACAGGAUUUUCACUGAAUAUUGUUUGCUCUCAUUUCUAUUUGACUUCCUGUUUUGAUAUGGUUGUUCAUGAUCUUGUUGAACUAGGAAAUAAUAUGUUAGAGCUAAUAAGAGAUGGAGAGUUUUCUCUGGUACUAACACAAUGUAGAAACAUUUAUUUUUAUUUGUGAGACAUUGCUUCAUAUCAGAACCACAUCACUUACUGUAAAUAUUCACCCAGACAGUUAUUAUAACACAACAUUUGUUUACAUCUCACAAAGCCAGUAAUUCACCAAACUGUUUUAGGAAUGAAAAUGAAAACACUUGGUGACAGGAAAUAAAAUGUCUCAAUAUCAUAUGACUGUCCGUGGUUUCACAUUAAUCUCCAGGCCAAAUGGUGACUAAAGGCUGUCUAAAGACUAAUCCUACCAUGAAUCAUGAACAACAGUUUCCUUAAUAAUCCCAAACUAUCACUUAAAUUCUCUAUGCACAUUUCUUACCACAAACAGCUCUGUGUUUUUUUUCGUCCUGUGCCGUACUUGACUGUAAUCACAGGAAGAACAGACGUGUAUUUAGCAAAACAGCUCCAUGGUGACUGUAUGAUAUGGUGACCACACACACUUUAGUGGAACAUUGUGCCAGUCUAACGGGAAAGGCCCUAUACUCAUUUCUGUUGCCCUCCCAUAGUUAGAAAACACUGAAGAUUGCAAAGUUGAACUUUCCAUGACACCAUACUUGACCUGCACUUCACUCUCAAUGUGUGUUGCUUAAAACACACUAUGUAUGACAAAUCUGUCCAAGAAUUUCAUAAUGACAGGAAUAGGAAUUCUACCGUUCCUUGCAGAUGAUGGAAUGGUAGGUAAUUAACUUCAUCAAAGAUAAUUGUGUGUGAAAUAGUGGCCGACCCUGGUAAAAACACAAAAAGGUUCUGAAAAAUGCUUCUAUUGGAUGGUUCAAUCAACUGGCCUAUACAGUGGUGCAAUGCGGACAUAAUGUGUAGGCCGAGCUGCAGUUAGCAUUGCAAAGGUUCCCUCGACAAAAAGCAAUGGAAUUUUUCGAAUGGAUUUUAAUAUGUUGCAAAAAAUAAGACAUGUAAAACACAUUCAGAUAACAGCUAACGUAAUGCUAUAAACAAACUACAUUAUGGUCAUGUGACUUCACAACAACAUCGCUAAGCUAAAGGUGGACCUGUGUUGGACAUGAUGAUGUUUAGUAGUAUAAUUUAGCUGUGUGUUAGCAACUUCCUUUAUUAAGACAAGUAUUUUUCUGGAGUCGAACCUCAAACUCACUCAAAAAUCCUUUGACCUCACGAUGAGGGAGCCUGUUAAUGAUAAAAUGCCAACUAAUUUGCAGGUUUAGGACUCAUUCCUGCGCCACUAAAAGUCUCAGGGCCAUUAUUGUCCUUCAUCUGAAAAAACGAUACUUAUUGAGCAGCUUAGUGUGGAUCCCAGGAUGUCAAAUGUAGCUCAUUUUCAUUGCUCAUCUGCGUCAUGAGACUGAUGUCCCCCAUAAGCAUCUGUAUGGGACGCACCAGGCUUUCAACAAACUCCAAUCCACUUCAUUAUAAGAAGUUCACAGCAACAAAUGCAACCAAAUGGGGAAGCGUUUGCAUCGGUAUACAACCAAAAAGCUAUUUUUUACUGAAGACAUUAUGUCACUGUGUCAUAUGACAUUACGUCAGUAGCUUCUGUUGCACAACCAACAUAUUUAUUUUCAACCAUACCACGCUGUAUUCUCUAACCCUAAUGAAUACAUUUAAACCUGUCCGGGCACUUUUGUCAAGUAAACCUUACCACAACUGUUUCAAGAAGUUAACCACGUGUUACAAUGCUAACCACUCUGUUGAGAUACUGCAAAUACCAGAGCAGCACAAUAUGAUGAGAAGGGAUGAGAGCAGGUUUCUCACAGAGACAUCCAGGAAGAGAUUUAAAAUGGCCCCCAAAAUAACAUGAAAUAAUUACAAAGAGUCAUAAAAACAAGAAGCGAUGCAAAAUGGCUGCAAAGGGACACAAAGAGACUCACAACAACUAAUAAUGGGUCGCGGGUAAAACAACCGGAAUGAGACCCCAAACAACUACAAAGAGACACCAAUUAACUACAAAGAGACACCAAUUAACUACAAAGAGGCACCAAGCGGUUACAAAAAGACAAAACAACAACAAGUUUAAAAGUAAUUACAAAUACGAGAAAAUAGACAAAAAACUACAAAGGAAAAACACUUUACGAAGGGGACACAAAAUGAACACAAAGACACACAAACAACAACAACAACAACAAGAGGCUACAACUAUGAAAUCUUUGUGUCAGAGCCCAUUGUCUCAUAAUUGGCCUAUUCAUUAACUGGAACGCCUUAUCCUAGUAUAGUAGUUUCAUUCAGGUAAUUUAUACAUACCAGUUAUAGCAGCAUUGAAAAUGUCAAUGUCUAUUUUGAGGUGGAAUUAACGAGAGUCUGGGGUGAUGUGAAGCAAGAAGCUUCAGUGUGUAUGUGUGUGUGUGUGUGUGUGUGUGUGUGUGUGUGUGUGUGUGUGUGUGUGUGUGUGUGUGUGUGUGUGUGUGUGUGUGUGUGUGUGUGUGUGUGUGUGUGUGUGUGUGUGUGUGUGUGUGUGUGUGUGUGUGUGUGUGUGCGUGUGUGUGAAAAAGAGAAGUGAUUUUUCCUGCAGAGAAGCUGUAGAAAAUAACACCCUCCCCUCUAUGGCUUAGACGUGACUUGUUGCCAAAUACUGUGUUCAUUUACAUUUCUGCUGACGGUCUUGCAGCACACACUUAACGUUUGAGAGGUAGAUGGCCAAAAAUGUUAAACAUGAAUCUGGAUACGUUAGGUAAACUCGCUGCUCCGGCUACAGCAAAGAUUCGGCAGCUUCAGAAGAUUGUUCAAGACAUCAAGAAAAAUGAUGGCAGCAUCCUGGACAAACUCAGAAGAUUGAAAAGCAAACCGGUUCCAAAAGUACCUGCGAGAGAUUACAAAGAUUUCAGGGAAGAUGAAGAACGGUCCGACUCUGAUUACGACAAUGACAUGUAUGAAGAUCCACAUGAGGAGCAGGACGACAGCUACGAGCCACCCCCCAGUCACAGAGCCUUCACCCAUACGCCCUCAGCUUCCUUCCCGAGGGGGGAGUACCUCGACAACUGCCGGAGCAGGCCCGGCCGGCCGCCAGGCAAGCCCCUCCGCCCGGGAAAAGGCUCCAAACAGCUGCCCCCCGAACCCCCCCCUCAAGGGAGCGAUGAAGAAGACUACAUCAAUCCAGACAGUAACGAUGAUGAUGACAACUACAUUGAACCUGCGGAGAAUCCCUCUUCCAAUACUAUGAUGCAUUGUGGGAGCAAAGCAGGAAGGGACCGUCCCAUAAUGCCUACACCUUUAACAGAGCGUCCACCCAGUCCUGACUUUUAUGAAGUUCCUGACAUCGAGGGGAACUCAUUAUCUCUUCAAGCAAACAGGCUUUGUCCAAUCCCCACAUCACAAUCUCCUUCUAUACCACCCAAGCCCAGCCCCAGAGCGAACCCGAGGAGAUCUCCUAUUCCUGUCCAGGAGCCCACAGGCGAGGAUGAAUAUGAAGUUUGUGAUCCAGAGGACAGUCCCUGUAAUAAACGUGCUGAGGGUCUUCCUCGACCCCGACCAAAACCUUUGCCAAGAGAGAGGUCACCAAUACCGCCUCUAAAGCCGAAGCCAGAAUUCAAACCCAGGGAAUUUCAAAGCCGAACGCUGCCUGUGUUGGCAAUUGACAUGAAGCUUCCAAAAACAGCUUUUACACUGGACUCCCAACGCCCAAAAAUUCCUUUUCCACAUAUGACCUUUCCUAAGCCAACUGACAGAGGAAGUGUCAUUGCUGAAAAUGGGACAACAAACCAAGAUAAGGACGCAGAUGUCCAUAAGAAGUCUUGGUAUGCCUUCUCUUGUGACCGCAAGACUGCUGACGAUGCGUUGUGUCGCUCGGGCAGAGACGGGGCGUUCAUGGUGAGGAGGAGCUCCGGUCAGGACGCGCAGCAGCCCUACACAUUAGUGGUGUUUUAUAAGGGCAGAGUGUACAACAUCCCCAUCCGCUUCAUAGCCGUGACCAAGCUGUACGCUCUGGGAAGAGAGAAGAAAGGGGAGGAGUUUUUCAGCAGCGUCUCCCACAUCAUAGAGAACCACCAGAGGCAUCCUCUGGUGCUGAUCGACAGCCAGAGCAACAGCAAGGAUGCCGUCAAACUGAGCCAGCCCGUGACGCUGUAGAUGACCUCAACAUGGACAUCCCAAUCCUGCUGCCUUACUGUCAGACAAUUGUUUACAGAAGUCCUUAUGUGUCCUUAUAUGUUGUGCAUAUCUCCUCUCAGUGUUCAAUGAAUGCUUCACCCACAUAAUUACCAUUUGUAUCUAUUACUAUCCCUAAGUAACGUUGCAUUUGUGAAGAAUCUUCCCCAUGCCUCGACAGUGAACGGGUCAACAGGGGUCGCAAAACAUCACAUUUCAUUUAUCCAGAGCGACUUGAAAGUGCAAUCAACCAUGAAGAUACAAAAUUAGAACGGCAAGUCUUUUAAAGUUCUACUUACAGAAAUUAUGAUUUUUGUUGUCUUUAUUGGCCGGUGCAGUCGAAACAGGAGUUUCCAGUCUGUUCCAGAAAAAAACAUGCAUAUAAAAAACACAAACUGACCAUGCUGAGUGUUUUAAAUCGUAGGGUUUUAGUGAGAAUGCAUGUGUUUUGGAAGUAGUCAGCAUAAAACAGAAGACUUGUGUUAUACGGUUAUACAAUGUAGUUUUCAGUUAACAAAGUCUCUCAAACUAGACUGAACCUUAAGAUUUAAAGCACCACGCAUACGUUUCUUAGUGGAUGUUUUGUUCCAUCGCAGACUGAACACGUAUCAUUGAUAGUUAUAUUGAUGAUCAUGGUGUUUUCUGAAGGAUCUGUACUAAACAAAUGUGAUCUGUUAAGUCUGUGGAAUACUAUUUGUAGCCCGGGAUAUCUCUGCAGUUCAAAAAUAUUCAUUUGAAAAGGUAUUUUAACACAUGUUUAGCCUUCAAUAAAUGUAGUGCUUUCUGCAAUGUUGCACUAUUAUACCGUUUCUAAAACUGAAAUGUGUUACCUCAUUGAUUGUAAGUGGCUUUGGAUAAAUGUGUCAUCUAAAUGAAAUGUGAUGUUAUAGUUUAACUGUUGUUAAAUGAAGCCCCGUUUACUCUGAUUCAAUAAGGUUUUUCUGUCAUGGAGGCCUGCAGGGAAACUUUUCCCUCCCUUAUUCAAGCUAACGAGAGGUGAAAAACUGAUAACGUUUUGGUCAUUUUGCGGUUGAAGUGUUCCUUUUAUAUUUAGUCCAGUAAACAGGAUUGUAUGCAUUGCACUCAGAAGACUAUCACUUUUUUAAGAUGUUCUUUUAAUGCUCAGUCGGUAAACAGUAAUGAAAUGAAUGUGAGGAAUGACACCUAGUUGCUGUAGCUAAAGAAAGCAGGUUGACAAAUCAAUUACGUAUGACAGCGACACUUUAGGGAGUCAAAAAUACAAGGUUGUAUAUUUUUUAAUAAAAUGAGGUUCUUGUCUUGUAUAAUA